UGGGAGGGCAGAGGAUAGGGUGUGGAAAAAAAACGGGGAUUUCCUCAGACGGUACUUUGACUUUUAUCAGGAGUGUGGAGUCCUUAUCUGUUAGUCUGCUUUAUAAAUGUGUAAGGCUCUGUACAUCUGUACUCUGGUUGAUUAUAUCUCUCCACCAAUCUCAAGGACUUUUCAAAGUUCUCAGCAUCCUGUCCGCCUGACUCUGUAUGGAAAUGUAUCCACAAACCCCGUUCCCUUUGGCAUGCCUUAUUUUUAAGUAUUAUUGGCUGCACAAUUGUUAGUGUUUCAUUAGCGUAAAUUAACCGCUGAGUUAAUUAUCAGGAGGCUGCGUGGGAUCUGCGCUCACUGUUUCUUUAAAGUCGUGCAGAGGGGAGCCCACGAUAAAGAAAGGAGGGGGCAGCUGUGCGCCAGUUCGAGGUGUCUGCCUGUCGCAGCGCCUUGGGGUUGACAUUAAGAAGAAGAGCGGGUCCAUGCUUCAUCUGGGAGGAUCGUCGCGAAGCGGAAGGCGCUGGAGCACAAGCCGAUCGGGGGAGGUGCACGUCGGUGCGGGAAUACAUGGAUGGACAGAGAAAUACUGCAAUCGGAAUUAAGUUGUCAGCCGGUGCGAGAAACAUCAACAUAUAAUGGGGAAUACAGCGCCAAAGCCAUUAAUAGAUGCUACUUUGCAACCCCGCCCGGUGGCUAGCAGGCAGUACUACACGCUGCCCAACAAUGGGUCAGGUGUGGAGAGAAGAACAUCUGCCCCGCCUGUCAACAUCAACCUGGAGUCGCUGCGCUUUAACCCGCAUGCCAGGGGGAAGAACAUCAGGCUGGAUGGGCAGCUUCGAAGAGCGACUCGCAAGAACAGCUUCUGCAAUGGCAUCACGUUCAGCCACCGCCCCGUCCACCUCUAUGAAAAGGUCCGUCUUCGCCUAACCGGUGUGCACACUGGCUGGAGUGGAGCACUGCGCUUUGGUUUCACCAGUCUGGAUCCAAGUGAGCUAGAGGCCACUGACAUCCCCAAGUAUGCGUGCCCAGAUCUGGUGACGCGGCCCGGUUACUGGGCCAAGGCCUUGCCUGAGAGACUGGCCAUAAAGGACAACAUGCUAUCGUUCUGGGCUGAUCGCCACGGGAGGGUUUUCUACAGCAUUAAUGAUGGAGAGCCCAUCCUCUUCCACUGUGGGCUCAGCAUUGGCUGCCCACUCUGGGCAAUCAUCGACAUCUACGGCAUCACUCAGGAGGUCACACUGCUUGACAGCACAUUUGCUGAGAGCGUGGGGUCCAGCUGCCUGAGCGCUGCCCGUCUGAGUGCCUAUCUUCCCCAGAGCAGCCACGACUCGGCCAAUUACAGCAACAAUCAGCUGGAGAACAACCAGGCGGCUGCUGCCAAAAUGGCCAACCUCCAGCUCAACAACUACUCUCAGCUCAUCCACUACUGCUCAUCCUCUUCUUCCUCCUCCACGCCGUCCUCGACCGUCUCCUCUGCGUUUCCGAGGGGCGUCCGGGGUCUGCCGUCCCUGCUGGACAAUGACUUGCACUUUCACCUGAUCCGUGGAUCUGAUGUGAUACUCUCCGCAGACCGUUUGGCCGCCUGUAUCCAUUUUCUGGACAGCAGCCGGACUCUGGUGUUCAGCGACCGGCCGCUCCAUGUGGGAGAGACUUUGUAUGUGGAGGUGGGCCACCUGGGUCUGCCUUACUUUGGGUCGAUGUCAUUCGGUUUAACAUCCUGCGACCCAGCUUGUCUGCACUCUGGAGACCUGCCGGCUGACCCUGAGGUGCUCCUGGACCGGAAGGAAUAUUGGGUGUUGCACCGCGGCUUCCCCAUGCCUUGCUCUGGAGACGUGCUCAGCUUCAGUCUGCUGCCCAGCGGAGAGGUGCACCACGGGGUGAACGGAGUGGGACGGGGCCGGCUGCUCUGUGUAGACUCCUCUCAGGUCCUGUGGGCCUUUUUCACACUGCAUGGAGCUGUGAACAGACUCAGGAUACUCGGAACACUGCAGUCCAGUCCUCCCUGCACAUCCCCCACAACUUCUCAGAGCAGCAGCCCAGAUGACAGUGACUCAGACCUGGCUUUCAGCGUCAACAGAUCCUCCUCUGCCUCAGAAUCCUCUCUGGUGACUGCUCCCAGCUCCCCGCUUAGCCCCCCUACAUCCCCCUCCCUGUCUGCCUCUGAGCUGCCCCCUGCUGGGAAGAACGGAGAGUGCACCAUUUGCUUCGACCAGGAGGUGGACGCGGUCAUCUACACCUGCGGACACAUGUGCCUGUGCAACGACUGCGGGCAGAAGCUGAAGAGACAAAUCAAUGCCUGCUGCCCGAUAUGCAGGAGGCCCAUCAAAGAUGUAAUCAAAACGUAUCGGCCGUGAUGGCGGCUCCGCUUUGUGAGCAGGUGCUUCGUGCGUCUCUACCACCUGUUGACUCCUCUCAGGCUUCGCUGGACCACAAUCCUGACCUUAAACCAGAAACUGACCGCAUCAGAACAUCACUGUGCCUCUUAGAUUUCCCUUACAUGUGGCUGAAUGCAGUCUGGAGACAGAGCUAAGAUGGACUAAUAACCAGACUCGAUGUUUGACUACCUUUACUUCCGUCAAGAUAUGAUGAGACGUGUGCUCCGUUUUAUGUUUUCCACAUCAUCUCACCUGUGUUGUUGAAGCAGAGAGGCUUGCUGUGACUUUCUUGUCCUUAUUGUUGACAUUCUAGGUAUGUAGAAGUCCUUUACAAAAAAAAAAGAAAACAUAGACAUUGAACACAUUUUGUUAUGUAACUACAAACUUCAAUCCAUUUAGUUUGGAUUUUCUGUGACAAAAAUCAACCCGAACUGGUACAUUAUUGUGACGUGAAGGACAAAAAAAAACAACUGAAAAGUGUGGCGUGCCAUUGUAGAACCACACUAGAUUUUCUGUUACAACUUAACUUUUAGAGCACAUCGCUACGGACUUUGGACAUCUAGAGAAGAACAUUUCUUAUUUUGUAAAAUAGCCCAAACAUUGGUAAACAUCCACUCUCAAACCUGAUUUUAGAUCUAGACUUCAGCUGAAUCACUCUAACAAAUUUUAAUCUCAACAAUUUGCUUUCUAGCACCAGUUGGGUGUUUAGGGUUGUUGCCUGCUGAAAGGUGUUCCUCUUCCUCUCGCCAUUUCUUAGCCCCAUCCAUCUAUCGAUGAACUCUAAAGCUGCAACUCUACAGCUUCCCUGUCUCUGCUGAAGAAAAGGAUCCACAGCCAUGUUUCACUCUGUGAGUGCUGUUUUCUGGAUUGAACUAAAAAUGUAACACUACAACAACUACAUAGUUGUUGCAGUGUUACAUAUCCAUCCCAAAUAGAGUUUUGUAUGUGGACCAAAAAUUUCAGUUUUGGUCUCAUCUGAUCAAAGCAGCUUCUUCCACAUUUUUCCUCUACAUGGCAUGUGGUAAAAUAUAUAUAAAAAGACUUCUUACGACUUUCUCUCAGCAAUGGUUUUCUUUUUGCUACUCUUCCAUAAAGGUAAUACUUGCAAAGUGCAGGAGUAAUCAUUUUCUUGCAAACAGAUUAAUGUUCUCAAACAAACCUUCGAAGAACAAUUAGACUAAGACUGGGGAUAAAAUUCACAUGGUAAAUAGUAGAAAUGCAUGUCACUUUUUUUUUUUUUAAAUGUUUUCUGUAAAGAUUUUGUAUACCAUGCAUCCUUUACUUUGUCCUUAAUGGUUUUGUGUCAGCCCAGCACACAAAUUCACACCGAAACACAUUUUCAGUGUUUGGUUAUAACGUGACAAAAUGUGAAAAUGUUUAAGACGUAUGAAUACUUUUGCAAGGCGCUGUAUAUGUCAACCAAGAGAACCUGUGGACCAUUGACUUCGAGUGCCUUAGAUUGUUGUUAUGAUAUCGCUAAAAGCAAAAAUAUAUAUAUAUGAAAUCCCUAGCCAUAUUUUCCGAAUACGCCCUCCCUUGAGGCACACAGAAUGUAUGCAACGAGAGUAAAGGCAGGUUAGAGAGAAGGUUGUGACUGGAUGUAAGGGAAAUGCCAUGCUCUAAAGAAAAAUGGAAGUUUGCUUGAGGAAAAAAAAGGAAAAAUCUGGUUUUGCACUCUGAGAGACUGACAAUAUUGUCUAAAUACAUUUUAUCUAGUUUUAUUUCAUAAAGACUAAUUUAAAUGAUAUUUUUGAAAAGCACAAUUAUAAUUUAACACUAACAUACCCUUGCUGUUACGCGAUGCUCCUGAGUAAAUCAACUUAGAGUGUGCACAGUAAUUUAAAUGAUAUUAAAUGUAGAAGUACACACUAGAAAUAGAUGUUUGCUGUUUAUUAGGGAAAAUAUCGCCACUAGUUUUUACACUAUAAUCUAUAUAGAACAUGGUAUGUUGUAUAGAACUCAUGAGAAUCAUGACAGUAUUUUUUUUUUUGAAUAAUGAAGCUUUGCUGAUUUAUACUUUCUUGUAAAAUGAGCCAUCUUUUUUUCUUUACAGCAUUUUAAUAAAAUAUCUAUUGGAAAGUGAACAAAUCUUAAGAAACACAUGUUGCAGUUUGUUUUGUUAAUAUGUGAUGUUUUGGGGGGGUUUUCCCCUGAGGAUCAUUUAAAUUUUUUGACAUUUCAGGAAAGAAAAUUAAGUUGCAAAGGAGGAAAUGAUUUUGUUUUCAUGUGAAGCAUGAUACUGAAACGUUAAGUGUCAUUAUUUCAUGGAGAAACCUUUUCACUGCAAUGCUGUUAAUUUGAACAUCUCUUCAUCCUCAGUUUCAAUCACAAGGUUUUGGUUUUGGAUCAGAAACUUUUCUUAUUCAUAUUUCAUAAAGACUACUUAAUAAUGUUAUUAAAUGGAGCCACAGCCAUUUACGUAUGUUACGACAAACCUCAAACACACUGCUUAUUUGUAUGAAAAGACCCUGUUCUUGUUCUCCUUGUGCCAUAUUCUAAGUUUUGCUGUGUUAUUAGGGUCUUUAUUAAUAAUCAUCGAGUUCAUCUCUGCGGUUCUGGACCUUUUCAACCACCACAAACCAUCAUCACUGAAUAAAAACAUUUGACACGUC